AUGCCGCUGCUGGUCGAGGGGCAGCGAGUGCGGCUGCCGCAGCCCGCCGGGGACCUCGUCCGUGCCCAUCCGACUCUGGAGGAAAGAGCCAGACUUCUCAGAGGUCAGUCUGUUCAACAAGUGGGACCCCAGGGCCUUCUGUAUGUUCAGCAGAGAGAGUUUGCAGUGACCUCCCCAAAGGAUGGCUCCAUCUCCAUUCUGGGUUCUGAUGAUGCCACCACUUGUCACAUUGUGGUCCUGAGGCACACAGGUAAUGGGGCGACCUGCUUGACACACUGUGAUGGAUCCGACACCAAAGCCGAGGUCCCCUUGAUCAUCAACUCCAUAAAAUCCUUUUCUGAGCCCACAAAAUGCGGCAGGCUUGAAGUGCACCUUGUGGGCGGCUUCAGUGAUGAUAGGCAGUUGUCACAAAAACUCACUCAGCAACUUCUCAGUGAAUUUGACAGACAGGAAGACGAUAUCCACUUAGUGACAUUAUGUGUGACAGAAUUAAAUGACCGGGAAGAAAAUGAAAGCCAUUUUCCGAUAAUUUACGGCAUUGCUGUCAACAUAAAAACUGCAGAGAUUUACAGAGCUUCCUUCCAAGACCGAGGGCCGGAGGAGGAGCUGCGUGCUGCCCGUGCUCUGACAGGAGGACCAAUGAUCAGCAUUUAUGAUGCAGAGACAGAGCAACUUCGCCUAGGACCGUACUCCUGGAUGCCUUUUCCACAUGUGGAUUUCUGGUUGCAGCAAGAUGACAAGCAAAUACUAGAGAACCUUUCCACUUCACCUCUGGCUGAGCCCCCUCACUUCGUAGAACACAUCAGAUCCACCUUGCGGUUCUUAAAAAAAUACCCACACCCAACUAAUGCACUGUUUCCUGAAAAUAAAGCUCUACUCUACAAAAAAAAUGAAGAUGGCUUAUGGGAAAAGAGCUCCUCUUCAUGA